CCUACACGCCCCACGAGCACAGCAGCGCAAAGUGGCCAACGGCAUCAUCACAUCCAUUUGUCGUGGCAGCUAUGGCCCAGCCCUGGACUCGCUGAAUAGCUCGAGCGGCACACUGCCGCCCGGGCAGGAGCAGUCCUUGCGCCAGCUGCUGAAACGAUUGCAGGGCAUGCGAAAAAUGGACACGUUGAUCGCCUGCGAAGCGCUAAUCGAUGAGCUGCAGCUGCCCGAAUUGGACGCCAGUGUAAUUACCAGCAUGGACACGUAUAUACCGAGCACAGUGCUGGCGGAGAUUUAUGAACAGAUGCUCACACUGAGCUUCGGCGAGUUUUAUAAACAACUGGAGCACAUGCAGUGGGUGGAGCACACGAUAAUACGGCACACGCUAAUACUCUACGAGCACUGCACCAAAUUGAAGGCGGCGCAGCGAACGCUCGACCAGCUGCAGUCCAUGUCUGGCCUUAAAAUGGAGCUGUAUAUCCUAUAUGCGCUGCUGUUGCCCAUCGGCGUUUAUUUGGCAUCGUUUUUCUUUUGAGCGAACACUUUCACCUGCUGCCUUCUUGCCACGCCUCCAAGCCUUGUGCCGCUCAGACGUUUCAAUUAAAUGCGCACAACGUUUGGCAAUUUCCACGCACACAUGUGACCGCCCCGCCCAUCCACCCAUCCGCCCAGCCGUCUGUCCGGAGUUGGCAUUUUGAAAAAUAGAUUUCUAAAACGUUUAAGCUGCUGCAUGUGUCUUGAAUUUUAAACUUGAGCUUCAUAUUAAAAUUUGCGGCAAGGUGAAUGCAACCUA